AAUUUGCAUUCUCAACCCUGCAGUCCUGCAUAAUAUAAUAAAACCUCCUAUUCACUUGUCUAGAGUCCAGACUCGGUUUUUUUUGUAUCUCGAACCAUCUCCUUCUUUCAUCUUUAUCUUCACUUCUAACAGCAAACAUGUCGGCAUACUAUCGGGAAUCCACCUAUCCCCUUGCCAAAGCCACUGUAGAACCGUAAUUGUUCUAAGCCGGAACUCAUCUGCUUCAUCAAUAAAAUUGCUACCAGGAGAUGAUUUUAUGGGCAAUGCUUCACAGAGCGAGAAAAGAACUCAUAUAUCGUUAGAGGAGGAUCUAUGGGAUUCUGACGCAAAUCAGGAUAUUUGCUACAAAUCUCGAAUAAUGGUCACAGUGGAAAACUGCUUACCAACACAGAACUUGAACACUCAAAUCAAAGUGUACAGGAAAAAGCAUCAAUGUUCACAUCACAUGCGAACUAGAUCUCAAUCAAGAGUGGAAUUCGGAAGACUCGAUUAAGCUCAUAGGGACAGGUUCCAGGGAUGUUUUUCUUAUUGUACUUUGGGUUGUUUUUGUUUUUUGUUCCUUUUAGCUACUUUGCAUUCUGUUUUUCCCGUGUACUUUCUCCUCUCUUACUUCAAUAAAAUUUCAUUUCUCCAAAAAAAAAAUAUAUAAAAUUCGGGUAUAUGUAAACCUCUUCACAAUUAUGGCAUAUCAUCAAUACGCAGAACUCACGCUUUCUAAUUGAGUAUACACGUCGAAAGCUAGGUUUUUCUCUUGCUUUUCGAGAACUAGGUUUUCUCUCGCGUGUCCAAAGUGGUGCAAUGUCGCACUUAUGCAGUCAGUUUUUCUUUGACAUUUUGAUCAGUGCACAGUCUAGAAAAGAUAAUUAUGACUUCUAUGUAUGCUCUAGAGCAGCUUGUCCCAUUCCAGCAAUUGAGGAGGAGAUCGAAGAGUUAGCUUUUGGGGGUCAACAUGGGUGGAGGGCGGUGGCGGUAGUGGAGGCAGCACGGGCAAUGAGCAAACAUGGAAAAGUGAAGGGCUGAGCAAGAGAGAAGACAAAUCGGUGGUCCGCCCCUCUCCUGAACCACCGUCUUGAAGCGAUCGAGGAGCUAGGGUUUGGAAGAUUUAUCAGAUAUUUUAUUUUUUAUGGUCUUAUUUUCGCGUUAUGUUUUAUGUUGCUCUAUUUUUGUUGAUGUCUUUAGUUCUUGUCUAUAAUAAUGAUUGGCAAUUCUGCUGGAUAUUUUGUCGUUAGAAUGAUCUAUAUUGUCUGUGAUUGUUGUGUCACGCCCGUUUUGGUGGUUUGCAAUUCAUAUUGCUCUUUCAGGAGUGAUUGUCUCUGAGUCUAGCGUAGGGUUAAUAGUGCUAGUUGGUUACGGAUAGGUGUUGUCAAUAUUGUUGGUCUCUUGGAAUUUGUUGUAACAAUCUGAAUCCCAAUAAUAUUAAUAUAAUCAGUUUUUCCUUAAAAAUAAAAGUUCGAGUAUGUAUUGUUGACCCAAGUUUGGGUGCUUCUCUCACACCUUUUCAAAGUUUAAGUUAUUUAUGUUAUUUUUCUCAUUUUUUAUGUCAAGUUCAAAAAUAGGUAAUUAGGAAUAAAUUGCUUAGAGUGUCUAUCGAAUGUUUUUUUAAUAUAAUUUGCAUCCAGUUUAGCACAACAAUGACUUAACGUUUAACUUAAAACUAAAUUAUACAUAAUACAUUUAACCAAAUAACGUAUUUUUAUUUGUUAUGUAAGUACGUGAUUGAUUCUCUAGAUUUUCCUUGUAAUCAUUCUCAAUGCAAAAUUUUAGAGUCUGUUUGGUAUCUCUAUUUUUCGGCUUAUCAAUCAAUUUUUAUUUUCACCAAACACGUAACUUUUGAUUUUGCAUGUUGAAUUGUGUAAUAAUAAGAAAAGUAAGGUUGAAGUUAGUUUUCUAAUUGUAUUGGCUGAAUUACUGUAGAGAAUCAUUUUAGCUAUUUUUAUAUAAUUUUUUCUUUAUUUUAUUAAUAAAAAAUAUUUUAAAUAUAAUAUUUUCAUAAACCAGCAGAAUCCACCAAUCUAUCCACUUCAACCGAAUCUUCAUAAAUUUCAGUUGAACCAGUCGAUUCAGACAAUAUAAAUGUUACCAAACGGACUCCUAAUGUCUAGACUAUUAAAAAGUAUGAGACUUUUGUGAAGACUUAGCUUUAUGGUUCAGCAUCAUUACGUGAAAAUAUUAUACAAGUGACACACACCAUACCUAAUUCUUAUGUGAAGUCUUUGAGCUCAAAUUAAACAAGAUAUAUUUCAAAUAUUGAUCUCUAGUAAUCAUGUUAAUCAAUGUUUUCUCUCAUCUCAAGCGGCAAUGUUUUCUCUCAUGUUAGAUGUAUGGUUUUAUGAGCCCAUUUUUAAUCCGUCCAAGUCGGGAUUAUCUGGUGUUAUUAUAAAUAUUAUUAGAACACAGACAUUAAUAUAGCCAAAUAUCUAAAAAAAAAAACAUUUAGAAUUCCGGAGUACGGAGCACUCUUUAAUUAAUUAUUAUUAAAUUACAACAAUAAUAAGAAUAUUAAACUAUUAUUAAUCCGAGAAGGAAUUAAAAUACUACGUCUAUUAAUACUUGAUUAGGAUACUUUAUUUAUUACCUCAUAAUCCUACUUGAUCAUGACUGCCAUAGUCAUUAACUUAUUAGGACUAGGACUGGGAUACUUGCUUAAUUAAAUAGUUUUCUCUCUAUAAAUACAAUUAGAUGCUGCACGUAGCAUGCAAGCAUAAUCAUAUCCCAAUCAAUUUCUUUGUUCGAUCUUCAACUAGUCUAGCUUAUUCAUGGCUUUAAUCACUUUCUUUAUUUUUAUGAUCUUAUUCGCCAGCGGGCUGUCGUUCCCGGUUCCGGCGGAUCAUUACUAUCAAAUAAAUUUACCGAACGGAAUCGUUGGCCCGGAGAGUAUUGCUUUUGACUGUAACGGAAGAGGACCAUAUGUCGGUGUUUCCGAUGGGAGAAUCUUAAGAUGGGAGGAAUCUGUCCGAGAUUGGACUGAAUUUGCUGUCAUGACACAUAAUAGGAAUAGACAAUUGUGUGAUGGAAUAACCGACACCCGGAGGGAGCCAUUUUGUGGUCGACCGCUCGGAUUAAAGUUUCAUCCGAAGACUUGUGAACUAUACAUAACUGAUGCUUAUUUCGGGUUGAUGAAAGUGAGGCCGAAUGGCGGGAUUGCUACCCAACUUGCAAAUUCAGCUCAAGGACAUCCAUUCAUGUUCCUUAAUGAUCUAGACAUCAAUCCUAUUAAUGGAGCUGUCUAUUUUACCGACAGUAGCAUUCGCUAUCAACGAAGGUAAAAUAUUGUUCAAUGCACGUACAAUUGAUUGUGUUUAACAUUUAAUUACUACAUUUUCUAACAAAACAUCAUACAUUUGUAGGGACUACUCAAAGAUAAUUUCCACAGGAGAUAGUACAGGAAGGUUGUUAAGAUUUGACCCAAAUACCAAACAAGUGCGCGUGUUACACGAUGGCUUGGCAUUUCCAAAUGGGAUCGUUUUGUCUAGGGACAAUUCGUAUCUUCUUGUAGUUGAAUCACAGAAAAAUCAAAUCUUAAAAUUUCCGCUUUCGAAUAACAGAACAAGAACUCCAAGUGUCUUUGCAAGGGUUGACAGGUUUGCUGAUAACAUCAGAAGGAAUGAUCAAGGAGAUUAUUGGGUUGCACUAAAUACAGCAAGAGAAGGAUACACUGAACCAGUGGGUUUGAAGUUUGAUGAAAAUGGUAGAUUGAUUCAAGUAGUGAAUGGUGAUAUUGGAAAUACUCUAGAGUUUGUCAGCCAUGUUGAAGAACACAAUGGAAGAAUGUGGUUUGGAUCUCCGAGACAACCAUAUGUUGGCACUAUUAUUAGAGUUUAGAUUUUAUUAACUAGUUAAAUAGGUAUUUGUUUUUAUUAAUAUUAUCAUACGAAUUCUUCCUAAUUGAAGACAAAUAUGUUUCAUGGAACUUAUUGAGCAUAAUAUUUAUUUAGCCCAUAUGUUUGUAAAUAGUCUUGGACCGUAGGGCUGCUAUUAGUGAAGCCCAUGUAAACUACUGUAUAAAUACUACUCCUACUACGUAAUGAAAGGCAUGCAUAUUUGACCCUAAA